AAAAAAACCCUAAAAUUCUUCAAUCACAGCAAUCCAUUCUUCUAAUCCGAUACAAACCCAACACAAAAAUCUUUCUCGAUCUGAACCCAUUUCUUGAAUUUCUCAAUUUCUCGUCUGAAUCAACCGAUCUCGAUCUUAAACUCGACAAAAAUGGCGGCUUUAGCACCCGGAAUCCUUCAGAAGCUGAUCGACGGUAUGAAAACCGGAGUUAAACCGACCGGCGAACACAGAAGCUCUCUAUUACAAGUCACCGAUAUAGUCCCCAUCGAUCUUGACGAGAAGAAUCUUUUGCCGAAACAAGGCUUCUUCAUAAAAGUCUCCGAUUCUUCUCACUCGAUCUACGUCAGCCUUCCUUCGGAUCAAGACGACGACGUUCUAAGCAACAAGAUGCAGCUUGGUCAAUUCAUCUACGUUGAUCGGCUCGAUCCAGGGACCCCUGUUCCGAUCGUCAAAGGCGCUAGGCCGAUUCCGGGAAGGCAUCCUCUGCUCGGGACUCCUGAGCCAUUGAUGAGCACGCGAGGAAAGACUGAGAGAGAGUCUGGUUCGAGACCGAGGAGAGGCUCUUGGGGUCAAAACGGUGACGUUUCGUCUCCUUUCGUUUUAAAGCCUGCGCCUUUGGAUUUUGAUCAGUGCACGCCGGCGAAGCAUAGGCUUGGAGAGAGGAGGUUCGCGGCGGCGUCUCCGGUGGUGAUGACGAGAGGGAGAUCACCAGGUGGUGUUAGGUGUUCUUAUGGAGGAGGGAUUCUGGGGAAAAUGGCUGAUUUGAAAGGUGAGAGCCCUGCUGCGAUGAUGAGGAAGAGCUGUGUUGUUCCGCCGAGUUCGAAGUUUCCGAGAAGCAGGAGUGUUUGCGAUAGAGAGACUGCGAAGAUCUCUGUUUCUUCUGUACUUCUUAGUCCGAUUAAAUCCUCUGCAAAGAAAAGCAGCUCACCGCCUCCGAGUUUACGCACACGAAGAGCAACCGCAGCUGCUGCUUUGGUGGAAGAAGAAAGAGAUGCUCCAAAGUCUACAACGAAGCAUGAAUCUAAGUAUAGUAAGGUUGAAAAACCAGAGAGGAGUUCAAGUCUACCAGGAAGACUCAGCACAUUGAGCAAGGAAGCUAUGCAGCAGCGAGACACUGCUCAGAAGAUAGCUCUUCAGGCAUUGAGAGAAGCUACAGCCACAGAAACAGUCGUUCGUCAUCUCAAGACAUUCGCCAAUCUAAGCAAAUCAGCAAAACCUGAUUGCCCGGCUGCGUGCUUCGAGAAGUUCUUGGAAUUUCACAGCCAGAUAUCUGAAACCAUAAGCGAAAUCUCGUCCAUUGAAGCAGCAGUUUCAUCAGCUAAUGAGAACAAAUCCGAGGAUGGAUCGUCUUUGGUACUGCACGAAAUCCAGCACAACUCUAUUAUUGAUCAGGAGAAAACCGCAUCAAAGAGAAGAACUACUGUCCUGAAGCAGCAGCAAAAUCAUAAGCAAUCGAGAUCAAACGAUGAGAACAAGAACCCAUCUGCAGCUCCUCCUUCCGGGUUAAUAAACACAGCGAGGUUGGCGAAAGAGAUAGAGAAGGAAGCUGCAAAUUGGUUCAUGGAGUUUAUAGAAAAGGCUCUAGAGAAAGGGCUUAAGAAGUGUAAAGGCACAGGUGAUGCAGAUGUUAAGAAGGUUCCACAGUCUCUCAUUCUCCAAGUUGUAAACUGGGUGGAAGCAGAGCACUCUGCUGAUAACACGAGACGGCCGGUCCAUCCAAGAGCAUCACAUAUCACUAGAAAGCUUAGAAUCAAAUUGAAGAAUCCUUGAAUCACACGUUAGUUGGUGUUAUUGGUUCGUGUAUUUAGAAAGAGUAUUAAAGAUUCAGAUUUUAUAACGAUUUGAGUGGUAUUCAAUUAAGAUUUUUCAAAACUCUAUUAAAAUCUGGUGUUA